UCGCAUCAAAAUUCCUUCAUAUUCUCCUGUUCUUUUAUGUAUCUCUUUAUUCCAUCCUCCUUUUUUCUCUCUCUUUUCCCACUGAAAAGUUUGUAAGACUACAGUGUGUAUAAAGUAAACAGAUGGUGAGCAUUUAUUGGCUAGUUUCUUUCUGAGCAAAGUUCCAGCCUUUCCAGUCACUCUCUUUCUGGGCAACCGACGCAAGAGCAUUACGAGAAGCAAAUAAUCAAGAAGCUUCAGACCAGACGGGCAGUCGGUGAAGGGGAAAAUUUUCGAAAUGGGAUCUGGAGCGGGCAGUUUCUUCAAGGUCAUCCUCAAAAACUUCGAUGUUCUUGCCGGGCCUCUGGUUAGCCUUGUUUAUCCUCUAUAUGCGUCGGUUAGAGCCAUUGAAACAAAGUCUCAUGUGGACGAUCAGCAGUGGCUUACCUACUGGAUCCUAUAUUCUAUGCUCACCCUGUUCGAGCUUACAUUUUCCAAAGUUCUCGAAUGGAUCCCUAUAUGGCCUUAUGCAAGGUUGAUUUUUUCAUGCUGGUUGGUCAUUCCAUACUUUAGUGGUGCUGCAUAUGUGUACGACCACUUCGUCAGGCCUCUAUUCAUCAACAAACAGACAGUUAACAUUUGGUAUGUUCCAAAGAUGAAGGAGUUCUUCAGCAAGCCCGACGACAUCCUAACCGCUGCAGAGAAGUACAUCGCCGAAAAUGGUACCGAAGACCUCCAAAAUGUCAUCAACAGGGCCGAUAAGGCUCAUUCGAGUAACCGUUACAUGAGCUAUACCGAAGAUCACGCCUACGAGCAUUGGCACUGAUCUAUAUCAAAGUAGGAGGCUGUCCGUUGAUGCUGUGUGGUAAGUUUAUUUAUAUGCUGUUGUGAAAUUCUGUGUUGUUGUUCAUAUCAAACACUGGUCGGCACUCUGUAAGUUCUAAGUAGAUGGUUUAUAAGUAUGAAUUCUUCAGGUUUAGUAUCAUUUUGUGUUGUUCCUUCCA